UAGCGUUGUACUGCGCUUUUUAUUGUAGAAGGCGAUCGUAUUUGCUCCGUGGCAGCAUCGGUGCUUCCACCCAGUCGGAUGGUUUUCAGUCGGUGACUGCUCAGUUCUCAGAGGCGGCAGUUUCUCUUUGACAGCACAGCUCAUCGCUCCAAAGCAGAGGGAUUUUCGUCAACAGCACCACUGUCUGCUCUCCGCCGGCAUCGCCACGUGCCAGCGCCGCGGGUGUCUCGGGUUUCUCUUCAGCAGCGUCGCUCCAGCGCAGCGCCCCAGCGGCCAGUGGCUGCGCCGUUUUGUUCUCCGAGGCCACGUUUGGUUUCGUGGUCUGUGCACCGCUCACCGCUCCCUGAGGUUUGUAGGGUUGGUUCUCUGCACGGUUUGCUUUUUGUUCCGUUUCAUUGCGUUUGCUUUCGUCUCGAUAUGUUUUUAUAUCGGAAUGACUUGUGUCGGUUGUCUAUUCUCUCCGAAAUUUUUCAGUAUUUCAUUCUGUCUACUGAUUUCUAGAAUUUGUUGCCACUCCACGUUGCUCCGCCCACGAGCCCUGGAGAGCAUAAUAAAUACCCGGGUUGCCGCUGCUGCUGAAGGCUUUGCCUCCUGGUCCAGAGCAAACGCUUGUGUCCUCCUGGUCCGAGCACUAUGUGAUGGAGCAGCAUUUUCUCGGCGCGGGGAAGGAGGCUCGGGAUUCCGCAGAGGCGGCGCCAGAGCCUCAGCCUCCGUCUAUACCGAGCUCUCAAGAUUCUGGGCCGUGGCGGCUCCCUUUCUACCACAUACUGGACCCCAUACUAGAAGAGUCCUCAUGCCACGGCGGUGAUGUCCAGGGGGAGCUGCUUUCUAGUCCUUGCUGGCGGCUGCGUUUGGUUUACAGCCAAAACUUGCUCUUGCCUAGAGCCCCGGGCACCUUGGAACCAAGCCCAGCCCCGCCCACUCCGGGCUUCUGGCUGGAGACGCGGAACAAGCCAGAGGCGAUGGUGGGAGAUUUGGACCCUGCAGAGGAACCGGACGGACUCGCGUUCCACCAGCGUACCUGCGCCCGGCCGUCAGACGGCGCCGACAGACAGCAGGACGCCAAGACCUCUGACAGAAGGGACCUUUCAGAUCGCAGCUGACCUCAGGUCCCCUCUGGGUGGAGUCACCACCGGCUUUUCUUGGGCUGCUUGGAGUGGAUUGGUCGCGCAGUGUACAUCCUGAGCUGCGGCUGCUGCCAGACCAUCUUUGGCGCUGAGGAGCCCUGAGACACAGAGACAGCCUUUUUGGAACUUUCCCCAGGAAAAGAUUCAGGGUUACAAAACCCAUCCACUUACAGAAUAAAAAUGCGUUAAGAUGUCCCUUUAGUGUUCCUUGUCAAGUUUUGAUUCUACUUUGCCGAGCCGGAUGUUUCUCCCUGCAGCACCGCCAGUUGCUUCUUGUGGGAGCCUGCUCCAUCCCAGUACUCUUCAGUGCUUAGGGACAGCGUUUUGUGGGUUGCAUGUCUGACUGGGGCUCCGUGCGUGCGGUUUUCCUGUCUCUUCGCAAGUGUUUCGAAACAGGUGUCCAUCCUUUUGUUGAACCCGAUUCUUCUUGUUCCCGCUUGGGUUUGGUGGUUUCUCUCUGCGAUCGCCGCUACGUGCUCUGCGUCAGUCAUUUUCCGUGGCAGCAGCGCUUAGCUGCACUGAUAUCGCUGGUUUUGCAUCAGGUUCCUUAGUGGUGCAGGUCUUGUCAAAGCUCUCAGUGACAAAAAUCUUGCUAACUGGAUCCCAGCACCGCUGGUUUCCCCCGACUGUUCUCACAGUCCCGGCACUGCGGCUGGCACCGAGCCCCUGUCCCCCUUAGCACCUUCGCUUGUUUGCAGAGGUAGCGGUAUUCCUGUCACAGAACAUAUUUGCAUCCAGUUGGUGGCCUUUACCUUGGAAACACCAUUCAUUCCUCCAAACCGGCUGUUUCCCUGAGCCGGCUGUUUCUCGGGCCGGCACGCUCUGUGCUCCUUGCCCGCAUCACUGGGACCCAGCAACGCGAGGUCCUCGCUGUCAGCGUCUCCUCGGCCGCGGCUGCGAUACGAGCAGGGACGGCGGGUCCUCAGAUCGCUAGUGGAAGGAGCGGGCGGCUUUCGGUCGGGCCCGAGGUGUGUUUCUGUGCCCGCACCUCUCCUUUCUUUCCUCGAUCCGGGUGAUUUCCCGUCUCACCCCGGAAAUUUUCGCGAAAAUAGCCAGUUGCCCCGCUAUCUUUGCCAAAACACAGGUGUUUCAGAGACAGCAGCGCUCGCGGCAGCGCGAUCUGGACCGCACCGUCCUGGAGAUGUGGUCCUGCGCUCUGUGCCAGCUCUGCGCUUCCGCGUCCCAGCACUGCUUUUAUCACCCCCCGUCCCCGGCCCGCCGCAAACCUUCUGCAAUUUGUAUAUCCAUUUAUGUUUUGUCUGUCUUUUCCCAUUUCUUUUUCUGGAACAACCACUUUAUUUUCGGACAAAAUUAUUCUCUUUUCUCCUUGACUAAAACACAUACUAUACAAUGCCCUACAGAUAAAAACAUAUCCCAUUUUCAUUCCAUACUUUGUAUAUAAAGUGGUUUCCCUUCCUUCUUAUUGCUUCUAGUAGUUUUAUUUUUACAUAUGGAUUAUAAAUGUUAACUAAUA